GCAGGUACUUGCGGUUGUGUUUGUAUCGGAGCUGUGAGAUUAAACUGGGCGGCGUGUUCUCGGUCCAAAGACCCACGUUGUGGUACAAGAUUUACACCAAACCUACCUGCACAUUUCUCAAUACAAUUUAGGCACUCUGUCUGUACGAAGAGGAUGGGAGGCAACAGCAGCAGCCACGUCUCGUAUGAAGACGACCACGUUACUUUUGUGAAGGGCAUUCGGCUGACUGACAAAGUCAUCAAUCGAAUGAGAGAGGAGUGCCAGGCCCAGAAGGUUGUCCAACCUCGCUCACAGCAGAAUGGACCUGCUUCCACGCUCUCAACAGAACCUGUGGUCCCUGUGUCCACACCGGCCCCCACAGUCGAUCAUUUGGUCCCCCUUCUGGUCUCCCCUUCCCUGUUUAUCCCCACAGCCCCUCCACCUGCGGUCCUACCCACACCUCAGUCUCCGCCUGUUCAGCCAGUAAAGCUUACUCCUCCACCUCCUGUCACAUUUGUCUCUGCUCCCUGUCCACCUGCGGCCCUACCCACACCUCCCUGUCCACCUGCGGCCCUACCCACACCUCCCUGUCCACCUGCGGCCCUACCCACACCUCCCUGUCCACCUGCGGCCCUACCCACACCUCCCUGUCCACCUGCGGCCCUACCCACACCUCCCUGUCCACCGGCGGCCCUACCCACACCUCCCUGUCCACCUGCGGCCCUACCCACACCUCCCUGUCCACCUGCGGCCCUACCCACACCUCCCUGUCCACCUGCGGAAUCGAUAGUCCGAGCUCCAGCUGUUGAACCUAUUGUUCCACCUCUAGAUACCAAAUUGCUUCCUCAAGGGGCAGAACCAAUACUUCCUCUGGUGCCUUUAGAACCUAUAGCGCCAUCUUUGGCCCCAUCUCCACCAAUAGAAGAACCCGUACUCCUAUGUACCCCUACCACUGAGGAACCUGUAGUUCUGCCGACACUGGCUGAACCUAUUGUCCCACUUGUCCCUAUAGAACCCGUAGAACCACCUAAGCCUGUGAAACCUGUGGUUCUAGCUUCUCCAGUUGUGGAACCAAUUGUGCUGCCUCCAGUGGUUGAAUCUGUUGUCCUACAUCACCCUGUAGAACAGGUAGACUCACUUACCCCUGACCCUUCACCUGUUGAAGCUAUUGUCCUGCCACCUGUUGUGGUUGAGGAAGUAGCAACACCUACCCUCGUAGAACCGGUAGUCCUGCCACCUGUUGUGGAAUCUGUCACCAUUACGACGCCACUUGUUGUAGAAGAGGUUGUCCUACCCACACGUCCACCUGUAGAGCCCCUACCUGUCUCUACUCCUCCGCCUGUUGCAGAACCUCCACCUCCCCCAGUCCUAGCACCUAUCCCAGAGCCUAUUAUGGAGGAACUUCCUCCAGCACCAUGUCCCUCCAUGGAGCUGGCCACCCUGCCUACUGCAUCGGCUGCUAGCAAACAAACUGAUCUCCCUCCCCCUGUAGAAGAGCCCAUAGCUCCCCCUCCUCCUCUCUCUGCCCCAGUAGAACCCAUGGUCAGCAUUCCACUACUCCCUCUCAUUGAAAACGUGGCUGUUCCAGUCGUGGCUCCUGUUGUGACCCUCCCUGUGAUCCCACUACAACCUCCAUUAGUAGUAGAUGAAGAAGUGCUGAGGAGGCAGAUCCAAGCUGAGCUGACGAAGGGCCUGGAAGAGGAGAUGAAAGUGAAGCGGCAAGAGUUUGAAAAACAGUUGUAUGAGGUGACGGUCCAGGCCAGAGCCCAGGCUCAGGCAGUAGCCCAGGCUCAGAUCCAGGAGGAGGUUAAGAAAAUCCUGGAUGUGGAGAAGGCAGCGCAGGGAGAGAACCUGAUGGCGGCCAUAGAGAAGGAACGCAUGACCACAGAGGAUGAGAGACUCAUGGCCCAGCUCUACGCCUUGCAAUGGAUAGAGCUUAAGGCCCACAAACUGGAGGAGAAAGAGAACCAAGUGAAGAAACAAGAUGCACUCUUCAGGGAACAGGUCGCCAAGCUGGAAGAAAAGAGUGCGCAGUUCUUCAAAGUCACCACAGAGAACUUCAAGAAGGGCCGAGAGGACGCUCACAACACCUUCAAGCGUGUUGACAUCAAGCCAGUGUGUGGUGACCUGCAGAGUCAGAUCCUGAAGUGCUACAGGGAGAACACUGGACAGACUCUCACCUGCUCUGGCAUCGCCAACUUGUACAUGAAGUGUGUGGACAACCACAAGACUAAGAGCAUUGGAGGUUAGAAGAGCCUAAUUUUUCACUAAUGGCGUUACUGUUUAACUAGAGGGACAGGAGCCGAACGCCAUCAGCCAUCGAGACGCACCAAAAACCAGUUGAACUGGUUUUGAUUUGAACUGUUCUGAGACCAUGACCACCACAGCUGAAGACACUCCUGCUGCACCAUCCCUUCCUCCCAUCCAUGGUAUCUGUAUUAACCCCCCCCCCGAGAGGGUCAGAGGUAGAAUGAGGAGCCCGUGUCCUGACCCAGUACAGGCUAGAGACUGGUACUGAUGUCAAAGGAUGUGAGAGAGAGCGCACAAUAUGGUUCUUGGGUACACAAAUGGACAGUGCUAUUAGCACUACACUGACGGAAAAUGGACAUUGUUACCAUGACUACACUAUGACAGGAAAUGGAACCGGAAAUGUAACACGUGAACUACACUAUGACAGAAAAUGGACAUUGUUACCAUGACUACACUAUGACAGGAAAUGGAACCGGAAAUGCAACGCGUGCACUACACUAUGACAAAAAAUGGACAUUGUUACCAUGACUACACUAUGACAGGAAAUGGAACACGUGAACUACACUAUGACAGGAAAUGGACAUUGUUACCAUGACUACACUAUGACAGGAAAUGGAACCGGAAAUGCAACGCGUGAACUACACUAUGACAGAAAAUGGACAUUGUUACUGUGACAGGAAAUGUGAGACAUCUCAUCCCUGACUGAAUAUAAAAUGCUUUAUACAUCUCCACAAAUGGAAAUAUUGGGAUUACGGUUUUGUUGUUGACAGCAGUAUGAAACAUAAUGGAAUGGCCAAGUUGUGAAAGAUAUUGUGCAUUGUUUGUUGAGUUAAUAUGCACCUAUGCCUUAAUGUCCUAUCAAAACACAAAUGUUGCCUAUGGGAAUUUUUUGUUGUUGUAAUUUUGAUCUUUAUUGUUAUAAAAUACAAACGGA